UCAGCUGGACCAAGCCUAAGGAGCGCUCAGAUAGCUUGAGAAACGGCGAAGAUAGGUUUCUAGACUUUUCCAGAUUUUCAGUCUGGAAAUUUUGACGCUCAAUAUCUCAGCAUCCCUUGGACUUAGAGAUUUAGGAUUUUUUGUAUUAUUGUUAGGAGACCAUUAGAAUUAAGAUUUCCAUAUUUUCAGCCUUUUUCGGGGCCUGAAAAAUUUUAGGCCUGAAAACCGCCAAUUAGCAUAGAGUAAGUCGAGCCAAGUGCUCCUGUGGAAGCUGCGUCUCUCUGCGGUGCUCGGUUGCGGAGUUAUAGCUGUUUUUGUCCGACUUUUGACAGCUCGGCGGCCAUAUUGGCGAAAUUAAACAGUCUGUAUCUCCGGACUCGGUUGUCGUGGAGGGUUGGGGUUUCCUUCUGGGGCCUUGGGGAAGCUUCCUCUUUAGCCUGAAAAUCUUUUCAGGCGAAUCGGGGUCAGAAAUUUUCAGGUUCCUGAAAACAUAGAAUAAGGCAAUAUAGGUCAAUACAAGUAAAAUAAGCCCAAGCUCGGCUUUCUACGACCUCUGGGAGUGGAGAAACGAACGAUUUAAGUUGACGUUUGACAUUUCCGAACUGUCAAAACUAAUUUUCGACACCCCGUAACUCCUGAACCGGAGGUCCUAGAGAGACGGGGUUUUCUUUAGAUAUAAGUACUAACUGGUCUCCCCCUAUUGUACUGGCAAUUUUGGAUUUUUAGAGUCCUGAAAUUUUCAGGCGUUUUUCCUAGCCUAACUUGUAGCACAGUCCGCGACCAGAACAACGAGCCCAAGCACGCCAAAAUCCGUCCCAUAGACCCAGAGAUAUCACACCUAGAACUUUUCUAGGUACACCGCACACGAAAAGUCUGGAUUUUCUAACAUCAAUAUCUCUGGAACCACUAGGCGUACGGAGGUGAGCUUGGGGUCUUUGGAAAGGUCUCGGCGAGGACUAUCAAAGGGUACUACUGUGAAGCCCCGCGCGAACAAAAAAUUUUUUUAAAUUUUUUUUAUUUUCUUAUUGUUGUUUUAUUUUAUUUUUAUGUUUUAAAUUGCUUGUUUUUUAUAUAUAAGACUGCUGCGUGAUCACGUGGACCCAGUGCUACACGACAAUACUCUACAAAGUAGAGAUAUUUGACUAUAUACGCAGCAACUGUUUAGUGUUGCUGCAUUAGAUUAAGUUUAUUAUAUUAUUUUACCCAUACCUAACGCGUACCACCAACCCACAAUGAUGUCGGGAAUCAGAACCCCCCCCCAAAAGGUUUCCAAACCCUCACCCAAAAAACCCGAGGUAGGGCCAUCAGAAAGGCGAAGCAUAGGGGACCGGAUUGAAGAUUGGGAGGCCGCCAGAGCAGUUGCAAACGCAGGCCCCACAUCUAGGAACCCUGGUACACAGAUCGCCAGAACGCCGCCUCAUGCUUCAACCGGCGUGGAACCUCCGAGGCAGACCAAGACAAGGACCAUAGAGGCAAGAGAGUGCAUAGCUCGGGCAAAGCUCCAUCUCGGCAAGGCUAGGAACCUCAAGACCGAAAUUAAAGAUGAGGUAAUGUCAGCACUCACGAAGCUCUUCUCCCUUAUAAAAGGGAUUGAAAGCGAGCUCAAGGGUCUGCCGGCAGAAAACGGCGAGAAGGGAAACACCGCAGUACUUCCAAUCUCGGACUCAUCGGCUACGGUCCCCGAGGUAGCCCCGCAUUCGGCCCAAAUUGAGGAGCAUGCGAGGCUGCUCCGGGAGAACAACCUGAUGAUAACCGAGCUAAAGCAGGAAAUGCAAGCCCAAAAGCAGCUCCUGGAGAAGGUGACCACAACAACAUAUGCGAGCGUAACUGCGAAAACUACGGCCCAGACUGAUAAAGUCCCGUACGUCAGGGAAACGCUCCAUUCGGUAGUGGUCUCCUCCACAGAUGACCAAGACUCCGGGGAGAGAGUGCUUGAAAAAAUAAGGGACGCCGUCGACGCCAAAGAGGGUUGGGUCGAGGUCCGUAACGUCAGGAAAGCACGUGAUAGGAAGGUGAUAAUCGGAUUGAGCUCAAAGGCGGAGAGAGACAAGCUCAAGGUCAAACUGAUGGCGGCAAAAGAACACCUAACUGUGGAAGAGGUGAAAAAUCGAGACCCUCUCUUGGUUCUUCGGGGAGUGCUCAAUAUACAUAAAGACGAGGAUAUAUUGAAGGCCCUGAGGAACCAAAAUAGGGACCUCUUCUCUGGGAUUGAAAAAAGCGAGGAUAGAGUCGAGUUUCGCUACCGGAGGAGAACCCGAAAUCCACAUACAUGCCAUGCCGUCAUCAGUGUCUCGCCCAUCAUUUGGCAAAAAGCCUUGGCGAGGAAGCUGGUGCAGAUCGACCUGCAACCCGUGAAGGUAGAAGACCAGACACCGCUGGUCCAGUGCACCCGCUGCCUUGGUUAUGGCCAUGGCAAGCGAUUUUGCACUGAUCCAGCGGAUCUGUGUAGCCAUUGCGGAGGACCCCACGUCAGGACCGAGUGCGCCGACUUCCUCGCUGGAACGCCACCAAAAUGUAAGAAUUGUGAGAGGGCGAAAUUCAGUAAUGCAGAGCAUAACGUCUUUGACGCAUCGUGCCCGAUUCGGAAAAAAUGGGAUGCCUUAGCUCGCUCCACAAUAGCGUAUUGCUGAGGGCAACGUAAAAGCACCAACUCAACCCGAACGUAUAUGGCCAAAUACUUACCUCAUGGUUGCAACAACAUGUGCAGUGUAUACACGUUUCCGAAAAUUAGUUUGGGGAGCAACUGAAAGCACAACGCGAUACCCAAGAGUUGAUAACGGGAAGUCGACAUUGAAUUGGCAGCUGUUUAAUAAUAAAUGGAACCAAUUUAAGAAAAAGAUUCUAAAACAUCCCAUUGGUAAACGAAUAAUACACUGCACAAUGCUUGGAAACAAGGCAACGACGGUAAAAAUAAGACAUGGUACCAUUAUUAGGGUUGCAAUUGAUAACUUUCUAAGACCAAUAAAAGUCAAGUGUUGCACUGAGUUUACGCACCAACGCACAGAAUUAGCCAUAAGAUUAAAAUAUGUAUCGUAAAAAACUAUAUGAUGUCUGAAUAUUUAAUAAUAUUCAAGUUCACCAUAGAUAUAAGAAAAAUAGUAUAAAACUGUAAACCGUACUAGAUAUUUAAGCAAUAGAAUUAAGAAAGUUAAGAAAUGUUAUCAAAUAAAAAUGAAAAAUAUAGACAAAAGAUUGGGAAUUGUAACAAGAUUAAGAAACAUCACGAUAAGACCAGAAACAAGAAAGAAUGUAUAAUAAGAAAUAAACCAGCAAAGCCUAAAAUUAUUUACCCUAUAGAAAUAAGUAUCAACAGUAAAAUAAAGAGAGAAAAGUAGUUAGAUUAGUUGAAUUAAAAAUAGUGAUAGACGGGCAUCCCACCCGGUAAAAGCAAUAAAAGAUGAAGUAUGAAAGUGUAGUAUGAGGAAUGGAAGUGCGAGAGGCAUGAAUGAUAGAACUGGAAUGAAUCAGGCUCGAGUAAAAACAGGCUCCGAUAAUGUUGGAGGUACUAGUAUAAAAAAAAAAAAAAAAAAAAAAAA